AAAGGAGGAGCAAACCAAAGGUGGAGCCCCCAUGGAGAUGUGGAGCCUUGUCACCAACCUCUAACUGCAGAACUGGGAUGUGGAGCUGGAAGUGCCUCCUCUUCUGGGCUGUGCUGGUCACAGCCACACUCUGCACUGCCAGGCCGGCCCCAACUUUGCCUGAACAAGCUCAGCCCUGGGGAGCCCCUGUGGAAGUGGAGUCCUUCCUGGCCCACCCCGGUGACCUGCUGCAGCUUCGCUGUCGGCUGCGGGACGAUGUCCAGAGCAUCAACUGGCUGCGAGACGGGGUUCAGCUGGUGGAAAGCAACCGUACCCGCAUCACGGGGGAGGAGGUGGAGGUGCGGGAUUCCGUGCCCGCUGACUCUGGCCUCUACGCUUGCGUGACCAGCAGCCCCUCGGGCAGCGACACCACCUACUUCUCCGUCAAUGUUUCAGAUGCUCUCCCUUCCUCAGAGGACGACGAUGACGAUGAUGACUCCUCUUCAGAGGAGAAAGAGACAGAUAACACCAAACCAAACCGUAUGCCCGUGGCUCCAUAUUGGACUUCCCCAGAAAAGAUGGAAAAGAAAUUACAUGCAGUGCCGGCCGCCAAGACAGUGAAAUUCAAAUGCCCUUCCAGUGGAACCCCUAGCCCUACGCUGCGCUGGUUGAAAAAUGGCAAAGAAUUCAAACCUGACCACAGAAUUGGAGGCUACAAGGUCCGUUAUGCCACCUGGAGCAUCAUAAUGGAUUCUGUAGUGCCUUCUGAUAAAGGCAACUACACCUGCAUUGUGGAGAAUGAAUAUGGCAGCAUUAACCACACCUACCAGCUUGAUGUUGUGGAGCGGUCCCCUCACCGACCCAUCCUGCAGGCAGGGUUGCCUGCCAACAAGACGGUGGCCCUGGGCAGCAAUGUGGAGUUUAUGUGUAAGGUGUACAGUGACCCACAGCCCCAUAUCCAGUGGCUAAAGCACAUCGAGGUGAAUGGGAGUAAAAUUGGUCCGGAUAACCUGCCUUAUGUCCAGAUCUUAAAGACUGCCGGAGUUAAUACCACCGACAAAGAGAUGGAAGUGCUUCACUUAAGGAAUGUCUCCUUUGAGGACGCGGGGGAGUAUACGUGCUUGGCGGGUAACUCUAUCGGACUCUCCCAUCACUCUGCAUGGUUGACCGUUCUGGAAGCCCUGGAAGAGAGACCAGCGGUGAUAACCUCGCCUUUGUACCUGGAGAUCAUCAUCUAUUGUACAGGGGCCUUCCUCAUCUCCUGCAUGGUGGGGUCUGUCAUCAUCUACAAGAUGAAGAGCGGCACCAAGAAAAGUGACUUCCACAGCCAAAUGGCCGUGCACAAGCUGGCCAAGAGCAUCCCUCUGCGCAGACAGGUAUCAGCUGACUCUAGUGCGUCUAUGAACUCCGGAGUUUUGCUGGUUCGACCUUCUCGACUCUCCUCCAGUGGAACUCCCAUGCUGGCUGGAGUCUCUGAAUAUGAGCUUCCUGAAGACCCUCGCUGGGAGCUGCCUCGAGACAGACUGGUUCUUGGCAAACCCCUGGGAGAGGGCUGCUUUGGACAGGUGGUGUUGGCUGAGGCCAUUGGGCUGGACAAGGACAAACCCAACCGUGUGACCAAAGUGGCUGUAAAGAUGUUGAAGUCGGAUGCAACUGAGAAAGACCUGUCAGACCUGAUUUCAGAGAUGGAGAUGAUGAAGAUGAUUGGGAAGCACAAGAACAUCAUCAACCUGCUGGGGGCUUGCACACAGGAUGGUCCUUUGUAUGUCAUUGUGGAAUAUGCCUCCAAGGGUAACCUGCGGGAAUACCUGCAGGCCAGGAGACCUCCAGGGCUGGAAUACUGUUACAACCCCAGUCACAACCCAGAGGAACAGCUCUCCUCCAAGGACCUGGUGUCCUGUGCCUACCAAGUGGCCCGCGGCAUGGAGUAUCUUGCCUCCAAAAAGUGCAUACACCGAGACUUGGCUGCCAGGAAUGUCCUGGUGACAGAGGACAAUGUGAUGAAGAUUGCUGACUUUGGCCUAGCCAGGGACAUUCACCACAUUGACUACUAUAAAAAGACAACUAAUGGCCGACUGCCUGUGAAGUGGAUGGCUCCGGAGGCAUUGUUUGACCGGAUCUACACCCAUCAGAGUGAUGUGUGGUCCUUUGGGGUGCUUCUGUGGGAAAUCUUCACUCUGGGGGGCUCCCCAUAUCCUGGCGUGCCUGUGGAGGAGCUUUUCAAGCUGCUGAAGGAAGGUCAUCGUAUGGACAAGCCCAGUAACUGCACCAAUGAGCUGUACAUGAUGAUGCGGGACUGUUGGCAUGCAGUACCUUCUCAAAGACCUACCUUCAAGCAGCUGGUGGAGGACCUGGAUCGCAUUGUGGCCUUGACUUCCAACCAGGAGUAUCUGGACCUGUCAAUGCCCCUGGACCAAUACUCCCCCAGUUUUCCUGACACUCGAAGCUCCACUUGCUCCUCAGGGGAAGAUUCUGUCUUCUCUCACGAGCCGUUACCUGAGGAGCCCUGUCUGCCCCGACACCCAGCCCAGCUUGCCAAUGGCGGACUCAAACGACGCUGACUACCACCCUUCCUGAUCUCCUCCCCAGACUUCAUCAACUGUAACCCUCACCCACCACUCCUGCUGGACUCACUGCCUUUCCUUUUUUCCUUUCCCUGCUGGCAUGAGCCAGCUGCCUAACGUGAGGCCUUCCUAUGUGGCCUGCCUUCACCCCACUGAGCUCACCUCUCUUCCUCUCAAGCUGCCUGUGUGAGAGAGGAGCUGAUGGCCACUUCAUUCCCUCCCACACGUUGGACCAAGAUCCCUCCCUGCCACCUAGCACUGCCUGGAGGGAUGGGGAGUGGCAGAUGAGCAGGCUUGCUAGAGAGAGCUUACUGAGCUUUCUUGUGUUGGUUUUGUCUGUUUUACCUUAGCCUGUGAGUCUCUUACAUUCUGGUGGCAGGUGCCUUGUCCUCAGGGCUACAGCAGUAGGGAGGUCAGUGCUUUGGGCCUCCACUGAAGGUGACCUCUGCUCCAGAUAGAUGGUGCCAGUGGCUUGUUAAUUCCAGUACUAAUUUGCUUUGCUGACCAAAUACCUGGUACCAGAGGAUGGUGAGGCAAAGGCUAGGAGCAGUGUUGUGGCCCUGGGGCCCAGCCCCGUACUGGGGGCUUUGUACAUAGCUAUGAAGAAAACACAAAGUGUAUAAAUCUGAGUAUAUAUUUACAUGUCUUUUUAAAAGGGUUGAUACCAGAGAUUUACCCAUUGGGUAAGAUGCUUCUGGUGGCUGGGAGGCAUCAAUUGCUAUAUAUUAAAAAC